GGUAGUGUUAUCACACGACUACUGUCUGUGGACCUCACAUGGCUAAUUUAAUGGUCUUCAUAUUUGUGUGUGGUGGUGUGUGGAAAGCAGCUGUUCUUGUGUAGUUUGUUUUGGUGUACCACGCAGGUAAGAGUCUUAGUCAAGUAACAUCCAGGGUGUGAGAUGCCUGCUGUGUGUGUGUGUGUGUGUGUGUGUGUGUGUGUGUGUGUGUGUGCAGGGCCUGGUAUUACAUCUGUGUGCAGCUAAUGGAUUUAUGAUCAGACUUAAUAACAAAGACAUGUCUGAAUAAGUGUGUUCAUACUGGCAUGAGUGUUUCUCUGUGUCUUUUUCCCCCUGAAAUCUCCAUAGUUACGGUAUGAUAUGAUUGUAAUGUAAUGCACAGAGAAUAACAACUCAUCUUUGAGAUCAUCAAGAAAAAAUCUCCACUGUGUUACCAUUUUAACAUUCACAGAUGUACUGUUUAACAAAAAGGCAUUAAAUAGAAUUACCUUACACUGCAGAUGUGCAGCUGUCCCGUACUGCAGACUGUUGUAAUCGUCAUCCCAGUCUCUUGAUGGCGCACUUUUAUAAUGUCUGACUCGUGGAUUCUGUGUCUAUCUGUGCCAGUGGAACUGGAGUAUUGGGUUAGUGCCGAGGGCUGUGUAGGCAUGCGUGUUCGUGUGAUGUGUGGGUGUGUAUGAGGGAGAGGAGAGGGACCGUGUGUGUGUGUGUGUGUAAGAGAGAGAGUUGUGUGUAGUGAUGAAAUGGGAAUAGAGAGAGAGAGAGGAAUCCAAGCUGACAGCUUCCCUAAUAGAGCAUGAUUAACUCGGCUACAGAAGCAGGCAGCCUUUGGAUUACAGCAGCACUUUCAGAUGAUAAUUUCAUGUUUAGGAUCCAGCCGCAAUGUCGACACUAAAUCGUUUUCUUAAAGCCUAUUUAAUAAUGGACCAGCGAAUAAACUCAAAAUGGUCCCUGCAUUUUUUAUGGUUUUGCUUCGUUUUUGGCAUUUCGUUUGGAGAAGUUCGAUAUAUCCUUCCAGAAGAGAUGCAGCGGGGGUCGGUUAUCGGCAAUGUGGCGCGGGACCUGGGGCUGGAUGUGUCGGAGCUUGGUGCUCGUCGAGCCCGUGUUGUUGCAGAAGGAACAAGCCAGCUGUGUGAACUGGACACUGCGUCAGGCAAUCUUUUGAUCAGCCAGCGGAUAGACCGAGAGGAGCUUUGCGCGCAAGCCAGUGUCUGCAUCCUGCAAUAUCAGCUCUUACUUGAACACCCCCUUCGAGCAUACAGCUUAGUUUUGGAUAUUUCAGACAUAAAUGACAACAGCCCGGUGUUUGCUGCUGAGGAGAUAAAACUCGAUUUAGUGGAAUCCACUGUACUGGGGAGACGCUUUCCCUUGGAGAGCGCGCAUGACCCCGAUUUGGGAACCAAUUCAGUCCGCGAAUACAAACUGAGCCCGAAUGAUCACUUUGCAUUAGAAAUGAGCAGUCAGAUUAACGGCAAUGCUUAUCCAGAACUAGUUCUGAAAAAAGCCUUGGACCGCGAGGCUCAAGCUGAACAUGUACUGAAAAUCAAUGGCAUUGACGGGGGGAACCCAGUCAGAUCAGGAACCGCUUCCAUCCAUAUCCGUGUUUUGGACGCCAAUGAUAAUGUUCCAGUUUUUAGCCAACGAGUGUACAAAGUCUCUGUGCCGGAGAACUCGCCCAUAGGCACCGUCAUCGCAACUCUGAAUGCCACUGACUUGGAUGAAGGUGUUUAUGGGGAGAUAACAUACUCUUUCAGUCACCUGUCAGACAAGAUGGGGGGAGUUAUUGAGAUUCACCCCCUGAGAGGAGAAGUCCGGGUGGCGGGUCUUAUAGACUAUGAAGAUGCAAGCACGCACGAGCUGGAUGUUCAAGCUAAGGAUGGGGGAGGCCAGGCCUCUCACUGUAAACUUAUAAUUGACGUCAUUGACGUGAAUGACAAUAAGCCUGUGAUAGAGAUAAAGUCGGCUUCUGCCAACGUGGCUGAAGACUCUAAACCAGGCACUAUGGUUGCUCUGAUUAAUGUUUACGAUCUGGACACUGGGAGCAGUGGACGCGUCACGUGCACAAUCUCAGAAAAUGUCCCAUUUAGAUUUGUGUCAGAGGUCAAAAACUACUACAUGUUGGUUACUGACGGAAUACUAGACAGAGAAUUUCAGCCAGAAUAUAACAUUACAAUUACUGCCACGGAUGCAGGCUCUCCCCCACUCUCUGGGGAAAAAAUUCUGACGAUCGUGGUUAAUGAUAUAAAUGACAACCCUCCCGCUUUUACGCAGACUGAGUACGAUGCCAACAUCUUGGAAAACCAACCCGUCGGCACGUUUGUGAUGAAAGUGAAAGCGGAGGACAUUGACGAUGGACCUAAUGCUAAAAUACUGUAUCAGAUAUUGAGGGACACAAACUCAGAAACGUCCGCCUUCCUUACCAUGAACUCAGACACAGGGGAACUCUUUACAUCACGCCUCUUUGAUUACGAGCAGUCGGUGCACUUCAAAAUUACUGUGGCAGCUCACGAUGGAGGUGAUCCUCCGCUCUCCUGUACCUCCACUGUGAACGUCUUUAUUAAGGACCAAAAUGACAAUGCACCUGUUGUCCUAUAUCCUGUCCAAACCACCGGGUUCAUUACUGAAGACAUGGUGCCGGUCGAGGCGCCGAAAGGUUAUCUGGUUACCAAGGUGGUAGCUGUGGACGCCGACUCUGGCCACAACGCCUGGCUCUCCUACAGAAUAAUCAAAGCAACGCGGCCCAACUUGUUUGUGGUCGGUCUACAUACGGGAGAAAUCAGAACUGUGCGAGUAUUCGAGGAGGACGACGAACAGAAACAAACAGUUUUAGUUUUAGUGACGGAUAACGGCCACGAAUCUCUCUCAGCCACUGCGACAGUCAGCAUAGUGAUUGGAGACGGGCUGCCUGUUUUAAACGAACUCUUUGAAUUUGCAGAGGAAUCACAGGACAGCGACAACAUCACACUCUAUUUGAUUAUCGCCCUGGCAGCAGUUUCCUCUCUCUUCAUCAUGUUAAUCACUGGAGUGUUUUAUUUUAAGCUCUGCCGUCGUGAUUAUGUUUACCGCUCACCCUCCGCCAGUCUUCCAGUUUUCCCCACGACCUACUGCCCAGCUAGUUUCACAGAUUUUAGCCGUUGUGGGACCCUGCUGAAGGAUGACCGCUAUGAUUCCUUCUUGACCACUGGGUCGUGGAGAGGCGAUUUUCGUUUCGGCUCAAACACUGACACCGACACACUAAAGAAAAGAAGUGCAGCCUAUCAGAAAAGCACCUUAAGGCGCGCUAGUGCAGAUAGAGUUACUCUGAAGAUGAGGGCUGCUGCCCCACAUCCUUGUUACGUGGUCACAUGAACGUGAAUCACAACAUGUUGUAAACAUUUUGUAAGAUAAUUCCUGUGCAGUGAAAUUAAUUUGUACUCUCUGACUGUCAAAUAUGUUUUAACUGCGUUAGUUUUUGUCAUGGCUGCUUAGAUUUAGAAGAAAAAUAUAUAAUAGUUGUUGAAAUGGUUGAAAUGUCAGCCUUUUUCUAUGGAAGUACUUGUGUCUGAAUAUUGUCAUCAAUGCAUCUUUUUGUAAUUUUGGAGUUUCAACCUGCACCACAUCCCUCCACAACCCAACCUGGAGCAGAACUUUUAAACUUAUAGAUAGUCUAACUUAUAGGAUGUUUUCAGAACUAGUGUCAGAGUAUAAAUAACGUGUUUCCUUUGUGAUUUGUUUUUGUGUUUUGUCAAGCAAUUGAAAGGUUUGCAGCACAGUCCUUGUAAGAGAAUUUUAACCUAUGAGAUGCAUUAAGGUUCAUUUGUCAUUAUAGACCUUUCUGGCCUCCUAUUACUCUCCUGAUAACAAUACACAGUUGAAAUAUAGCUGUUUAUUUUUUGCUUUGUUAUAGUAUAUUUGCCUCUGUUCAUGUUUCUGUUUAAACGGGCCUUCACAUUUCUAUUUAUUGUCUUUUUUUGAGCUGGAAUUCACUGCAGCCAAAUCUUGACCAUCUUGUAUUAUUUUUUCACAAAAUAAAACUUGAUCUGCUGUACUACAGAGACAUAUUAAAAGCUUACAUGCUAUAAAUUGAAAAAUAUGUUACUAACUACAACUGUAAACUGAUGGCAAAUAAACUUGUUGACAAGAUUAUGUUUUUGUUUCUCAGUUGGCCCAGAACUAUUAAAGGAUUCCAGUGAUGGACAUGA